AUGAAGGAUUAUUCGGGCAGUACUAUAGACGCCAAUGGCUGCAUGAAAGAUAACGAUGUUAUGCUCAGCUACUUUGAUGGAUUGGUAGUAGGCAUUUACGCUGGGAAGUCAUUGGCCUCAGAUACUAUCUCAUCCAUGAUUGAUCAUCUGUCUGCUCGAUACAAUGGACUUAGCAAUGCUACAGUCAGUAUGCUAGCAGAGAUUUGUGGCCAGGAAAACGACAUGGAUCAUACAGCCGGUGUGGCAGUGGCAUUGGAAACUGACAUUGACUAUGUUCAAUCUGCAUUACUGUCGUGGAACCAGGGAGAGUGUGCCAGCAAACCCAAAGCAGCGAACGACCAAUCCACUUCCCGAGAGCUCAUCAUUCACCAAAUACCUCUGCCAGCCACUGUGAGCUCAAAAGCCAAGAAUUCUACAGACAUGAAGUUCUUAUUCAGGGGAUUGGAAGGAUUCGGAAACACCGCCCAGCUUCUGGAUACUAAUGCAAAUGCCAAAUAUUGCAUCAAGCACCAAAUUGUCCUCGGUGACUCAUGCACUUCGAUAGCAAAAGCAUGCAAGAUCUCAGUCGCCGAUUUUCUCAAAUACAACGACGUCAAAGGAGACGGAGACGACUGGUGUAGGAAGCUGCAAACGGGGAAGAAUGCAUGCUGUUCAUCUGGCUCAAGCAAACCACUCCCUGAAGACAAUGGUGACUGCUUUACAUACACCAUAAAGGCGGACGACGACUGUCAAAAGAUCGGCCUGCCUUGGAACCUUACACCAAAGGACAUAGAAGGGUUCAACGACAAGGUAACUUGGGGUUGGAGAGGCUGUCCCGACUUGACUAUCGGUCUCAAAAUCUGUUUAAGCAAAGGCUCGCCCCCGAUGCCAGCACCCGUCAGCAACGCCGUCUGUGGCCCCCAGAAGCCCGGCACCGUCAGUCCAGGGCCAGUCAAGGAUGCUUCUGCUCUGGCUAAGCUCAACCCAUGCCCCCUCAACUCUUGUUGUAACAUAUGGGGUCAAUGUGGAAUCGAUUCUCUCUUUUGCACAAAAGCAGAUGGGCCUACGGGAAACCCUGGAACCGCACCGCCUCGCUCAAAUGGAUGCAUCUCAAACUGUGGCACCGACGUUGUAAACAACGACAAACCCCCUUCGAGCGGAUUCCAGCGCAUCGGCUAUUACGAAGCAUUCAACUGGGAGCGUCCAUGCUUGCACAUGAGAUCAGUGAUGUCAAACACGCAGAAGUACACUCAUAUGCACUGGGCGUUUGGAGACGUCAAAAGCGACAUGUCGGUGUCUGUCAACGAUACAUACGGUCAAUGGGAUGGAUUCAUUGAGUUGAAGGACAUCAAAAAGAUUGUUUCGUUUGGCGGCUGGGGGUUUUCCACUGGAGUCGCCUCGUAUGAAGUACUCCGCAAGGCUAUGUCUCCCGAAAGCCGGGAUCGCUUCAUUUCGAACAUUGUCUCUUUUGUGGAAGAAGCAAACGUCGAUGGCAUAGACCUCGACUGGGAAUAUCCUGGCGCAGCAGAUAUACCUGGUAUUCCAGCAGGUCUACCAAGCGACACCCACAACUAUCUCGAUACACUGCGCGCAUUACGAAAAGCGUUGCCAGCCAAGUAUUCUUUGUCCAUUGCUGUCCCUGCCUCGUAUUGGUAUCUACGGCCUUUUCCGAUCCAAGAGAUGUCUCAAGUCGUGGAUUAUCUCGUAUACAUGGCGUACGAUCUUCAUGGUCAAUGGGAUGUAGGAAAUGGAUGGGCUAUGUCCGGAUGCCCAGGUGGAAAUUGCCUAAGAAGCCAUGUUAACCAGACAGAAGUCAUGUUGGCGCUUUCUAUGAUUACCAAAGCCGGUGUGAAUGCAAACAAGGUGGUUGUAGGAGAAUCUAGUUACGGAAGAUCGUUUCGAAUGGCCAAGGCUGGUUGUACUGGGCCUAAUUGUACAUUCACAGGCGCAAACGGUCAUUCUGAUGCCUCAAAAGGAAGAUGUACAAACGCCAGCGGGUACCUUUCCAAUGCAGAGAUUAACGAGAUCAUAUCCAAGUCGUCAAAGUCAAAAAAGACAUGGUUCGACAAGGAUACCGCGUCGGAUUAUCUGGUGUACGAUGACGUUGAAUGGGUAGCUUACAUGUCCGAUCACACAAAGGAAAUGCGCCGCGACAAGUGGAAGCAGCUAAACUUUGGCGGAUCAGUUGACUGGGCAGUUGAUUUGCAAGAAUUCAACGGGGCGGACACCUUUGGCCCGCAUGGGAAAUACAACAGCUCCUCUUGCAUACAAGUCUUUGACGAUAUGAUAUGGGACUGGCUCAAUCCAUCCAUAGAGGCAGUCGUAGGAUGCACGAAUAUUCUUCAGCCCUCGCCUCUCCCGGCUGCAGUUACGCUUACGGCAUAUACGACAAUUACGCUCCAGUCUGGAACGUCAUUUAGCACGACGGUAGUAUCCGCACCCUUUUCCAUCUCAGAAGUUAGCUAUCAGCCGUUUACAUUUAACGAGUCGGAUAUCAGCUCAUUGGGUUCUGGACUAGCAUUCACGUAUAACCCCACUCCCAGGAUAACGCCAAAUCCCGUUACGAUUCUCAUACCCACCGGCUGGACGGUAACAGGAAUAGGAAAGGCCACGAAGGAAGAGUCGUCAACGGAGCCUUCCAAGUCAAUCAUUGGGCUUCCACAAGCGACUAGCACCACCACUUCAUCCCAUGGCGGAAUUGGCUUCUUGCUGCCUAUUACCUGGCUCCCAACGGUGAGCUACAGAAUUCCGUCAAUGCUUACUCCCAAGCCACCAGCCCCAACGGAGCUUCCUGAUGAUGACGAACAACCAAUAGUCAAUCCUCCUACUCCUCCUGGUAUUGUUGACUGUCAAAACGAUUCAUGCACCAAGGGCCAGGACUGCGAGAAUGACGAGUGGGCAAGAAAUGCGUCCGUGGAGGAAAUUGCGUGGGUUCUCAUUGUCAACGAGGAGGAAUUUGUGAAGGAGAAGCAUGCGAAAGAGGAGGCGGCUGUUCUAAAAAGUCCUCCGGAAGCUGCAAUUCUGGAGAGUGCAAGGGCAAAGGCUGUUUCCCUCGAUCAAAGUGCUCUGGCGGACAAUGCGAGAGACUCACUAUCAAACCUCUUCCCCGUCCAAAGGGCACUCCGAGACUGCACGGAAUUCAUCAGCGUUACCGAGGUGCAGACGAAGCCAACUACUAGCUGGUCAACUACUACUCGAACUCAGUGCGAGAAUGUAGUCGAUUGCGACGCUGCCGACAUGACUGUCACGACGACUAUCAAAUCAUCAAGUGAAGAACCAGAUCCAACCUACAUUGCAAAGGUUGUCGGGUACGAAGGGAUGAAGCUGCUGAGAAAUGAAGAUCUUUUCGCAUCCAUCGCUACAGACGAAGACGAAUUCUUCUCUUUGCUCGAGUCACCCGCGACGACCACUUCGGAGAUUAUCUCGACAUCCGCAGAAGAGGCCACUCCAGAACCUACUCCAGCGGCGCCAGAAGUGACAUGCGGGAUUGCGCUUUACGCACCAAUCAUGUGGCGACUAGAUAUAAUUGACAUGACAGGCAGUUGGGUUUUGGACGAUGAAGGUGAAAGUCUCAAGAAGGAGGUCAAAGGCUGCGGUGCAGUGACCGGAUGGGAGUGGUUCAAGAGAGCGGAUGGCACACGCGAGUGCCGCUUCAACCUACCACUGCUUAUGAAGAAAGGUAUCAUGACUGCCACAAUCAAGCUGUAUACCAAUCACGGCUGCCCUUGGGCCCACCGUGCUCAUAUUGCAUUGGCAGAGCUGAAAAUCCCAUUUGAAGAGGAAAUCAUUGACUUGGGUGUUCCUCGUACGCCAGAGUACCUGGCAAUCAAUCCUCGUGGCCUCGUUCCCAGCCUUUCCUACAACGGCCAGAUUAUCACAGAGUCUGCCAUUGUCGCCCAGUUUCUGGCCGAUGCCUAUCCGUCCCACCUAGUCCCGAACGCUGGCACUCCUGAGGCGGCCCUUACUCGCGCCAGAAUAAACUUCUUCGUGGAUACCUUUUUUAGCAAGGUCAAUUCUCUUUACCACAAGGCGCUUUUCGCCAAGACAGAAGAAGAGGCCGAGGAGGCUUCGGCGGAAUUUGUGAAGCAGCUUGAGAAGGAGGUUGAGCCGCUCUUGAGCGAUGCAGCCCCGUAUUUUGGAGGAAGCAAGACGUUGACGUUGGCUGAGGUUCUUACCGGAUCUUUCAUUCUGCGAUUGCUCUCUCUACCAAAGAAUGGCGUUGGGCCAGAGAGUUUGAUCAAAGAACUGCCUACCAAGACACCCAACUUUUAUAAAUGGGCAACCACAGUGGUAGAGCACCCCAGUGUGAAUGGAAUCUGGAAUGAGGAAAAGGUUGUGUCUAACACCAAGGCCCGCCUUGCAAAGCUGAAGGCAUAA